AAUAACUCCCACCCAUUUCUGAGAACAGUGCAGGCAGUUUAUCUGUUAACUCACAGGCUGCUAGCUGCCUUUAUAAAAAGUUCUUCCAGUUUUGCAUACUUCCUCAUUGAGCUAGUUUCACUGCAAAGAUGAAGAAGCUCAUUUACUUAGUCUUGUUUAAGACAGCUCUGCUUGCUUUUACAAAUGUUUCUGCACUUGCAGAUGAACAUACAGAGCGUGUUAAAGAAGGAAAAGCUAUUGAUGCUUGUCCUAUAAAGCUCAAAACCAAUGGGGAAUGUGAAGGAGAGGAAUGUCCAUAUCAGAUAAACCUGCCUCCGAUGACCAUCCAGUUACCUAAGCAGUUCAGACUGAUUGAGAAGACUCUCAAAGAAGUACAAAAUCUUAAAGAUGUAGUAAACAAAUUGAAGAAAUCUUGCCAAGACUGCAAGUUGCAGGCAGAUGACAACCAAGAAAAAGAUAGUACUGAAUUCCUGGCACCUAAUACAGAAGUCCCAACAGAAAACAGUAAGAUACAAGAUAACAGAGUAAAGGAAUUACAGAGCAAAGUUAAUAAACUGUCAGCCAGUUUGAAGAAUGCAAAGGAUCGGAUCCACUCACUGCAGGGUCAUCUGGAAAAAAUAAGCCUCAUCAACAUGGACAACGUAGAAAGUUAUGUCGACAGCAAAGUAGCAAAUCUGACAUAUGUUGUGAACAAUUUGGAUGACAGAUGUUCUUCUAAGUGUCCAGUCAUACAAUCAAGUCCUGUUAUACAACUAAUGCAGAGAGACUGUGCUGAUCAUUACACAGCAGGUAGAAGGCGUAAUGGAAUCUACAGAGUUAUUCCUGAUCCAAAAAAUAAUAGCUUUGAGGUUUACUGUGACAUGGAAUCAAUGGGAGGUGGCUGGACAGUGCUACAGAUGCGUCUAGAUGGUAGCAUUAACUUCAACAGAACAUGGAAUGACUACAAAAAUGGCUUUGGAAAUCUCAGCAGGGAGUUUUGGCUGGGGAAUGAUAAAAUUCAUCUCCUGACCAAAAGCAAAGAUAUGCAGCUGAGAAUUGAGCUUGAAGAUUUCAAUGGUCUUCGAGAGUAUGCGAAAUAUGAACAGUUCUAUGUAGCCAAUGAAUAUCUCAAGUACCGUCUAAGUGUCAGUGGCUAUAGUGGUACAGCUGGAGAUGCCCUGCACUUCAGUAAACAUUACAACCACGAUCAAAAAUUCUUCAGUACUCCGGACAAAGACAAUGAUAAGUAUCCAUCAGGAAAUUGUGGGGCUUACUACAGCUCUGGCUGGUGGUUUGAUAAAUGUUUGUCUGCCAACCUAAACGGCAAAUACUAUCACAAAAAAUACAAAGGUAUUCGCAAUGGGAUUUUCUGGGGCACGUGGCAUGAUGUUUCUAAUGAUCUUCCAAAUGGUUAUAGGCAAGCUUUUAAACAGGUAAAAAUGAUGAUCAGACCCAAAGCCUUUGUGCCAUAAAUCAGCAUCCUCCUCUGUAACCAGUUUGUAAUGGUCAUACUAAAAACAUCAUACUUAUUCAGUAUCAUAUUCAAAAUACAAAUAUUGGAGUAUUUUAAUAUUCAAUCCUAAUAUAAUCCUUCCAAGAUGAAAGAAAGUAUCUCAACAUAAAAUGUUUAUUGAUCCCCCUCCAUGCCUUAUAAAGACAGUUUUAAUGCUUCAGAGUAGCUGUUGCUAAAACUUCAGCAUUGCUAAAUUCUGAAUUUGAAGGCAUUGAUUUUAAUGUUUCAGUUGUACUUUUACUAUCCGGAGCAUACCAGGUUUCUACAAUCUACAACUUUUAAAAACUUCUACAAAGAUAGCUGAAUGAAAACCCAUAUUUUUUGCCUGAAAAUAUCUCGCAAACAUUUCUGAUUACAUAUAACCACUUAGGAUGAAACUCAGUAUCUGCUUAUCUGGAUCUCAUUAUAUCAUCUGUGCCUUCAUAAACAUUACAAAUAUAUGAUCACAACACCACCACGAACUAAGAAAGUGGUAUCCUAUUUUAAAAUGACUGAGGCAGAGAUCACCUAAUUUGCUCAAAGUCACAAAGCAACAUUGGACACAGAGUCAGGAAUUGAAAACAGAUUUUCUGAGUCCCCAGUCCAUCCCCUUGAUCAAAAGACCAUCCAACCAAGUAUAGUUGCAGAGUUGAACAAAAGGAAAUGGAAAGGGUGUGCAGACUAAGUAUGGAGUGAAACAGCACCCCCACAGGAUGUUUUCCCCCAGGCUGUUUGCUUCGAGACCACGCUUUUUGCUUCUUUGAUGAAGGAAAGUCAACAGCUCCACAGCUUGUCAGAGAGCUAUGCUAGCAGGACUGGAGCAGGAAGCAUCAGAAAGGAUUGAGUUCUUGUACUACUGCCUCCAGAUCUACAGAAAUGGAGUUUGGUUCCCUUACAGCCUGAAACCGUGUGGUUUCACACCCAAAUCUCCCUUCCUCUGCAUCCUCUAUUCAAGGUGAACUUUAUGAGAUUGCAAGGAUUCAAACUUAAUUUUUUUUAACUUGUCAGAAUUUUUUAUUUAUCACCAGGGAAAAGAUUAUGUAGAAAAACACACACCCAAAUGUAAAAUCAAAGUAGGGUUUCCCCCCAAUGAAUGACUUUUAUACAAUGAACAGAAGGGAAGCAGAGAUUUUCUUCAGGUUUCAGAGUAACAGCCGUGUUAGUCUGUAUUCGUAAAAAGAAAAGGAGUACUUGUGGCACCUUAGAGACUAACCAGUUUAUUUGAGCAUGAGCUUUCGUGAGCUACAGCUCACUUCAUCGGAUGCAUAGCAUACCGUGGAAACUGCAGAAGACAUUAUAUACACACAGAGACCAUGAAACAAAACUUCCUCCCACCCCACUCUCCUGCUGGUAACAGCUUAUCUAAAGUGAUCAUCAAGUAGGGCCAUUUCCAGCACAAAUCCAGGUUUUCUCAUUGUUGUUCUGAAGUGUAAGAAAUAAAAUGUAACAGACGUUCAAACAUUUCAUGAAUUACAAACCAAAGAGACUUUCCAAAUCAUAAUGAAUACUGUACAUAGUGAAUUUAAAUUUGAUAAGAUUAAGUCCUUAUCUGUACUUAGACAGGUUAUACUGGCUCUCAGAAUGAAGUAAGUUAUAGCGGGACAAAGACUUUUUCUGGUAUAACUGCAUCUACAGUAAGGCUUUUCCUGGCAUAGCUAUAUCAGUCAGGGGUAUGACUUUUUCACACCUAACCAACAUAGCUAUGCCAGCAAAACUUUUAAGCGUAGUCAGGUCCAAUACUUACAAACAUGACAUUUACUACUUUUCAAUAUACCAAACUGAAUUGUGCAUUAGUGAUUUAUGUACAAUGAUCUAUGGUGACAAUGACCAAAUUAUAAGAUAUUAAUAUAUUUUAAAGGAAUUAUAAAUAUUUUGAUGAGAAAUGUCAUUUGCUUUAUUAUGUUUUCAUUUUAAAAGAUGGAAGAUUUUAAUACUAUCCGAUGUAUACUCUUUGCUCGAGAACACAUUUUGAAGUUACAUUAUAUUUCAGGAUAAAAAGGAAUUAUUUAAACAAAAAAAAGUUUUUGAUGCACUGGCUAGAAGAGCGAUUUUUAGUAGAAUAUUAUUGUAUUUAAUCACUUGGUAUAAAGUGCACUAAUUGUUCCUAAACAAUGAAAAAGAAAUGUAUUUGGAAACUUAUUACUCAGCUAAUUUGUUACAAGUGAAACUGACCUUUGUUUCUUGUUUAAUGAUCCUUUUUUUAAAAUAUAGACAUUUAAAAAUCAGAAUACUAUUUAUAUUAUUUACAGGAUUCUUGACAUGUUGUUAAAGGGAAAAAAUCAGUCUAAUGUUGAUAUUUUCAAAGCUGGAUACUGCCUUCCUAGAACUAUUGGGCUGGGUUCUCCAAUUAUUCACAUUAGUUUUAUACAAGUGUAACUUCAGUGAUUUCAAUGGCGUUACUCUCAAUUUACACUGGUAUGAAUAAAGUCUAAUUCACACCCGUUAUGUCCAUACGGCAGUUAUAGUACUUGUUUGAAAGGUUCCUUGAUCUGAAUCCUCAAACACAGUAUCUCACAAAUUAUUCCUCUGAUGUUCUAUAACAAUUCAAUCACUGAUGAAACAGACUGCAGUAAGGGAACUCAGAAUGGCCAACUGUUGACAAAAGGGCUGUGGAAUUUUACACAGCUGACUAUGGGUACCUUCCAGCUAUAGAGGUGCAGUCUAUGGACACUACAGGUGAGCACAUAAUACCAAUGGCUGAAUUCUCAGACAUCAAUGUCAGGUUACUCAUAUACUGCUGCAGAACGAUCGGGUCCCAGACCCUGUAGUUUUCAUAGGCUGCAUCUUCAUAUUAAAGAUAAGGCAGCUGUAAACUGAUCUGUUUUUAAAUUAUGUGAGAUCUUUGGGCUCAUGUACAGCUGUUAACAUGAUCCUUGACUGAACAAAGUUUAGCAUCUCUGAAUUAAAGCAUUUAAAAAAGAAAUCUUAUACAACCUAAACACUCUCUUUCUCUACACAUGGGCUUAAUAAUGCAAAGUAUGUCUUUCAAUUUACAAAAAACACAUAUAUGAUAAUAAAAAUUUUAAUCUAAUAAA